AGCAAACACGCCCACGCUCACAGGCACGCAUGCACCCGCCAUGAGCGCAUUCGCAGCUGCUGCAAGGCGGCCGGUUUUCCGCUGUCUAAACAACCCCGCACCGCUUCGAUGCCGUCUUCAGGCCCGGCAGAGCUCGCGCUCGCCCGGCUCCGAAUUUGAGGCGAUGCUCAAGCAAGGCGCCCGUCCCAAAGGCCCCCCCACAGAGGAAGACUUUGUAUCGGUCCACCGCGCCGAGGCGAUACGCCGCGCUGCCCUCAUUCGCAGGAGGAAUUGGCUCGCGCUCGGCGCGGCUCUCUCGAUGAUUGCCCCCAUUUUCCUGGUGCGGCUGUGGGAUGUGCCACUCGACGAGGACCGAAAGCAUGACGACGGCUUGGGUCGAAAAGCGGCAGACUGGGUCGUGGGCCCGCCUACCAAAACAGAUGCGCCCAAGAAGGCCGCCGACCAGUUCCAGAGCAACAAGGUCGUCAUCGCAGCAGGCGACAAGGUCAUUGCUGCGCCAGCCGACUCGCACAACCCACAAGCCUCGGAUCCCGAUACAAUUGAGCUCGUCGAGACCGGCACAUCGUACGUGCCCUACUUCCCUCGCACCAUUCGGCUGCCUACCGAUGCGGCUGGCCCGGAAAGCGUGAGCAGCGACGCCGAAUACACACUGCUGGGCCUGGGCAUCAGGAAGGUCUCGUUCUUGCGCGUCCAAGUCUACGUCGUCGGGCUCUACGUCAAGACAGCCGACUUGUCCACUCUCCAAAAUCACCUCAUCAACACGGUCAACCCCACGGCCUCGGCGCUGAUUCCAGACGAGAAGAAGGCCCUUCGCGACUCACUGGUUGACGCAGACAAGAGCACCAAGAUUUGGGAGGCCAUCCUUUCCAAGGACGGCCCAAGUGGCGUGGACAUGGCUUUCCGCGUUGUGCCCUGCCGAAGCACAGACUUUAAGCAUCUGCAAGAUGGCUGGAUGCGCGGCAUUGCAUCGCGGACAGACGAGGUGCGACGGAGGCAGGCUGACUUGCUGAGGCAGCAGGCUGCUGAGAACAAGACCAUCGCGCUGCCCAAGCCGGUCGAAGAGAGUGAGUUCCAGGACGAAGCUUUUGGGCUUGCCAUGAAGGAGUUCCGCAACCUAUUCCAAGGCAAGGGCAAAGCGCCCAAGGGCAGUGUCAUUGUCUUGACGCGGAACAAGAAGGGAACGCUUGGCGCAUUAUACCAGCCCAUUGUCAAGGCUGACAAGCAGGAAAACAUGGGCAAAGCCACAUGGCUGGGUCAGGUCCAAGACGAGAGGGUAGGUCGCCUGGUGUGGAUGCUCUAUCUUGGUGGGCAGAACGUCAGCUCCGAAGACGCCAGGAAGAGCAUAGUGGACGGGUGUAUAGAUAUUGUUGAGCGACCGGUUGGUACGUUGGAGACCAUGGUGCAUUAGGGUCUGUGUAUCAUACGCAUGUCAAGAUGUAUGGCGCUUCAACAGGCAAAAGCAGCCGGGCUGGGCCACAAAGGCGUCUGGCCGACGUGUUGAAGCGGUGCAUUGCCCUACCAAGCAGAGGCUCUAGACGUGUGCAGUCUCUCUCUCUCUUUUGCUUUUUCCCACCCACGUACUCACCCACUAUUUUGGCCUCGAGAGGGAUAUCUGCAGGCGGCCUGGACCUAAGCCUGUGGGAACAGAAGCGACGAUGACAUC